AAUAUCUUUCACUGAAUGGCUAUUUCCCAUUAUUUCCCAUUCUUAUUUUCCACAGUUUCCCUCACAAAAACCAGCAAGAAAGGCCUGGAAGUGAAGCAGAACUUGAUUGGAGAGUUGCGGAAAUGUGUGGAGACCUACAAGCGCCUCUUCCUCUUCUCUGUGGCCAACAUGAGGAACAACAAGCUCAAGGACGUCCGCAACGCCUGGAAGCACAGCAGGAUCUUCUUUGGGAAAAACAAAGUGAUGAUGGUGGCGUUGGGACGGAGCCCAGCGGACGAAUACAGAGAUAACCUGCACCAGGUGAGGCCUGCCUUUCUCCCCCCUUUUGUCUUCAAGAUGUAG